UAUUAUCCACCUAAGGGACUUAAGAGUGUCUGCCAAUCAACCUUCGGUGGUUACCACAAUCCCCGAGUCGUACACUAUCCCAGUGCCGAUAUCCACUGUGUUUGUCGACAAACAACUUGGUACCGAAACUAAGGAAAGUGGAAGCCGGCUACACAUUUCCUCAAUACGAAGCAUCUUUACGGAAAGCCCUUUUCUCAAGUGACACCUACCUGCAACUCGUGGAUAUCAUCCGAACAGCAACCGCUUCGACUUCAAGAAUUUCCUGCGGCGCGCUUGAAUAGCAUCGCCGAUAUUUCUAUUUAACCUAUCUUCCCAAACUUCGCUAUUUAGGUCAAACUUAGCGAUCUUAAAAUGGCAACUAAAAGCUUUUCCGCCCUGCUUCUCUUGAGCGCUAUCGCCAAUGUCUCGGCUUUCUGGCGCAUGGAGUGCCGAGGUCGCACGGGUCUAGCUCGAAUCGAUCCGAUCAUGGAUGCUGGUUCGAUCUCACCGCAUAUCCAUACUGUUCAUGGUUCUUCUGGAUUCUCACUCAGCGCUACUUUCAGUGAGCUCAAUGGAGGUAGCUGUACCUCAUGCGCCGUAAAGCAGGACAUGUCUGCGUAUUGGACCCCUGCUCUUUACUUUCAGGACAGCGAAACCAAGGAAUUCGAUAUUGUCCCCCAAAUUGGUGGAAUGCUUGCGUAUUAUCUUCUCCGUGGAGAUAACGUCACGGCCUUCCCACCCGGAUUUCAAAUGAUUGCUGGAAGCAACUAUCGCCGCGACUAUACCGUUGGAGAUCCCAAAUCGCCUGACCCCCCUCAGUCUGAUUGGGCCGCCUUGAAACAGACCGGCCAGGACGACCUCGAGCAGCGAGCCAUCGGAUUUAACUGUUUGGAUUAUUCGAAGGCGGCCGAGGGUUCACUAUUCCGCCAUUAUUUGCCUGACAAGGCUUAUCUCGAUGCCAAUUGCCCCGAUGGCAUUCGAAUCGAACUGAUGUUCCCUUCGUGCUGGAACGGCGAAACCACAUCUACGAACCACAAGAGCCACGUUGCAUACCCGAGCUUGGUUGGCAAUGGCGAUUGCCCCGACACUCAUCCCCAGCGCCUGGUUACUCUAUUCUAUGAGACAAUCUGGAACACCAACGACAAAUCAUUCCAGGGUCGUAAUGGACAAUUCGUCGUUUCUAACGGUGAUCCUACAGGAUUCGGAUACCAUGGCGAUUUCAUGAGUGGUUGGGACCAAGAUUUCCUACAGCAAGCUGUUGACACCUGCACGAACGAUUCUGGCGAUAUCCGAGACUGCCAACUCUUCGUGAACGAAGGCCCCCUUCAGAGUGACGAGGAACAAAAUUCUUGCGAAUUCGAUGUCCCGGCAGUUUUAGCUAAGGAAGAUGGCUCCGCAUUGAAUCUCAAGAACCUUCCAGGUAACCUCCAAAUCCAGGCUGGCCCACAAUCCGCUACACCUGGUGCUGCUGGUGCUGGUGCCGGAAUCUCUUCUGCCCUUUCCGCUGCCUCGAGCUGGUUCGAUGGUGUAUUUGGUGGUGACUCGGCAACUACGUCUAGUACCCCGUCGCCCACACCUUCUAGCGUAAACACGCCUACUACGCCUGCGGGUGGCGCUUUCAUUGAAUCGCCGUCUUCCGCAGCAUCGUCUCAGCAGUUCGGCGCCCUUGCGGAGCCAGCUGCCCCCACGUCAUCGAGUUCCACUCCGCCUCCGGCCCCAACGACAACUCCUGCGCCGAUUUUUACUCCCGAGCCAGGCGUAUCGUACGAAGUUGUCAGCACGCAAACUGUCACAGAUGGUGCUCAAGUUGAAGAGAUCGUCUGGAAAGAGCCCGUUGUGUAUGUGACAGAAGACUCCGUAACUACUGUCACGGCACCUCAGCAGAAAUUAGUCAGGAAGUUGCGUGAGAGACACGUUCGAAGACACCAACACCCCAUCCGGAUGUCGUAAGAAAAUCGAUCAAGUCGUUCAUUUUAACUUCGUUUCGGUGGAAAUAUUUACUCAUCAAUCGGUAACUGAUGAUCAAAUUUUGCAU